AUGCACGAACAGGUUAACAAUAAAUCUUUUAUACAAGUCGGUAUUUGUUUUAUUUUCUAUUUCAGGCACAAUGUAACGUUCAAGACGGUCGUUGGUGAAAGCAAUUCUGUUCAACCUGAUAUGAUAGCAUCUUGGUUUGAAACCACUUUACCAACAUUAUUAACUAACUACAAACUAGAAGAUAUUUACAAUGCCGACGAAUUCGGUCUCUUCUACCAAUGCUUGCCAAAUAAAACGUAUCACUACAAAUCCGAAAAAUGCUCUGGGGGUAAAAAUAGCAAAGUCCGAAUUACCGGGCUUGCAGCUGCCAAUGCUGUCGGAGAUAAACUACCAAUGUUUGUGAUUGGUAAAUCGAAGAAACCAAGGUGCUUCAAAAAUGUAACAUCCCUACCCUGCAGGUACAGAGCGCAGAAGAAGAGUUGGAUGGACAGCUCUCUUUUUGAAGAGUGGGUGCGAGAAAUCAAUGCAAUGUUUCUAAAAAAAGGUCGAAAGAUAGUCUUGAUCAUCGAUAAUUGUCCCGCUCACCCUGAUGUCGGUAGACUGUCCAACAUUAAAUUGAUUUUCUUACCUCCAAAUACAACUUCCGUGUCACAACCGAUGGACCAAGGUGUCAUAAGAUGUCUUAAGUCUCUUUAUCGCCAAAAAUUGGUCAACAUGAUGAUUCAAAACCUAGAAAAAGGCAAAGAUCUUUCAAAAGUUUCAAUUCUGCGUGCUCUUCAAAUACUUGUUUCGUCGUGGGACAAAGUGAAGAAAGAAACCAUCGUAAAUUGCUUCAAGAAAUCAAAGAUUUCCAAGAAAGCUCAACAGAAUGCAACUGAUGAUAUUGAUGAUCCAUUUAAACAACUGGAGAAAGAUCUCACACAACUGCGUGCCAUUGACGAUACCAUUAUUCCUGCUGAUCUCUCGGCCCGUGAUGUUGUCGAUAUUGACCAAGAUUUGACCACAAUCGAAAAUCCCGUGACUGAUGAAGAAAUCCUUGAAUCGGUACGGCCAAGUACAGAUGAGAAUGACGAGGAGCAUGAUGAAAAUGCCGAUGUCAUCGAGCUGUUUGAUGAGCCAGUGAGCAAGCCAACAAAAUCAGAAAUAAACACUGCAGUGGAGACUUUACAAAAUGCUUGUCUAUUCACUGAUGAUGGAAAUGACAUGCAACGCCUCCUGCUUUGCUUUGAAGAUUUGUUUCUUAAAAGUGAAAUGAAAAACAAGAAGCAAACUAGUAUUUUGAGCUUUUUCGAUCAAAAAUAA